CACAAUAUAGAACUAAUGAAUUUGUUAAAGAUGCAUAUGAUAUUCAAAUUACAGUCAAGACACUUAAAAAACAUCAACAAGCAUAUUAUGCACAUCAGGAAAAUGAGAAAAGAAGAUUAAUAGCAGAGGCAGGAACAGUCAAGAGAAUUCAAGCCAACAAUAUUCAUUUU